UUUUCAUCUCCUCCGAAGCGCACAAUCGUCUGCCUUUCACCAUGAUUUUGAGGAGACUUUAGCGGACGUUUUCCUGACUCUUUCUUCGGCGUACAACCUGCACACAAAUACACGCGGAUACAUUGGACCGGACACCGGGAGAGGAGCAGAGGAGCACGUAAACCGGGAGAAACGCACCGGCGGCGGUACCACCUGACACUUCUCUCUCUCUCUCGCACGCGCUCCCUGUUUUUCCUCAUAUUUUGAGGCUUUUUCGGUGUGCUGGCUAAACAAAUUUCAUCGUUUUGGAUAUUAUCAUCAGCAAAAUGAGCGAAGAAGUGUCAGAGGUCCCCAAAGAGCUUCUGGAGAGCGUGAGGGAUGCCGUGGGGAGGAAGGUGAAGCUGUCACUGAGGAGGAGAGUCAAACUGGAGAUCAAAGGAGACAAGACAGAGAACCGAGUCCUGGCCCUGGCCUCUCACCGGGCUUACCUCUUGACGGCACGCAUUCCCACCAAGGUGGAACAUUCCUUAAAUUAUCUGGAGAUCCAGGGGAUUGCUUGUAACAAGCCGACACAGCUGUUCGUCGAGUACGAGCGUGGCUCCUUCUCUCUGAAGCUGCUCUCUACAGAGGAGGUCAACGAGGUGGUCGCUCACAUAGGAAACUGUCUGCUCAGGAUAUGUCCCGGGCUACCACCUAGUAAAGUGAUGAAGAAGCUCUGCAUGGAGCCUCCAGACAGGCUGAUCUCUCUGCAGACUCUGUGGGAGAACAACAAGCCUGCUGAGCCUGGACCUUGUGGUGGGUUUUCUCAGAUGUACAGGUGUGUCUGUGACUGGUUGGGGCUGCCUUACAAAGAAGAGGUGCAAUGGGAUGUGGACACCAUCUAUUUGGCACAAGACACCAGAGAACUCAACUUGCAGGAUUUCAGCCAUCUGGAGAACAGGGAUCUGGUGGCAAUAAUAGCAGUGCUGGAGUUUAACCAGUGGUUCACCAAGCUCUCCACUAAGGACUACAAACUGUCUGCAGAUGUGUGUGAGCAGAUCCUUCGGGUAGUGUCUCGCUCCAGUCGACUGGAAGAGCUGGUUCUCGACAACGCAGGACUCAAAACGGAUUUUGCCCAGAAGCUAGCUGCUGCCCUGGCCCACAACCCCAGCUCAGGACUCGCCACCAUUAAUCUUGCCAAUAACCCACUGGAGGACAGAGGUAUCUCCUCCCUGGGUGCUCAGUUUGCCCGACUCCAUAAGGGGCUCAAACAUUUAAACUUCUCUAAAACCACACUAUCACCGAAAGGGGUGAACAGCCUUUGUCAGUCACUGAGUGCCAACCCGUCCAUCCCCAGCAGCCUGGUCCAUCUGGACCUCUCAGGGAAUGUCCUCCGAGGAGACGACAUGCAGCAUUUCUACCACUUCCUGGGUCAACCCAACCGCCUGGCAACCCUUGACCUCUCCAACACUGACUGCUCAUUGGACCAGGUUUGCUCAGCUCUGCUGCGAGGCUCCGUCGAACACCUCUCUGUUCUUAAUGUGUCGAAGAGCGUCUUCCCUCACAGGAAAGGCAAAGAGGUGCCUCCAUCCUUUAAGCACUUCUUCAGCAGCGCCAUGUGUCUGAGCUCCAUCAACGUGUCGGGAACCAAGCUGCCACCAGAGGCCGUCAAAGCUCUCCUGCUGGGCCUGGCCAGUAACGUCAAUCUAAAGGACGUGUCCCUCGAUCUCAGCUGCUGUGAGUUGCGGUCAGGAGGCUCUCAGAUCCUUGAAGGUUGUAUUGCAGAGAUCCCUAACAUCUCCAGCCUGGACAUCUCUGACAACGGCCUGGACACUGACCUAUCCACUCUGUUGGUGUGGUUAGCCAAGAACCGAUCCAUCAGACACCUGUCUCUGGGCAAGAACUUCAACAACAUCAAGUCCAAAAACCUUGCUCCAGUGUUGGACAGCCUGGUCCAUAUGAUUCAGGAAGAGGAGUCGCCCCUCACCUCUCUAUCUCUAGCAGACUCCAGACUGAAGAGUGAUCUGACCAUCGUUCUGAACGCCCUGGGCAGCAACUCCUCGCUCACCAGAUUAGACAUCAGUGGGAACGCCAUGGGAGACAUGGGAGCCAAGAUGUUGGCCAAAGCGCUACAAAUCAACUCCAAACUCAGGACUGUGAUGUGGGACCGGAACAACACCAGCCCUCAGGGUCUUCAGGAUGUCGCAGCCGCUCUGGAGAAGAACUUCACCAUUCGUUUCAUGCCCAUCCCCAUCAUCGAUGCCUGCCAGGCUCUGAAGGCCAGCCCUGAGAAAACUGAGGACGCCUUGCUAAAGAUUGAGAGUUAUCUGUACAGGAACCAUGAAACAAGGAAAUACCUUCAGGAACAGGCCUAUCGGCUGCAGCAGGGUAUCGUAACCACAACCACACAACAGAUGAUUGACAGGAUUUGCGUGAAGGUGCAGGACCACCUGAACUCUCUCAGGAACUCUGAGACAGACGCCAUCAUGGAGGACGUCCGGGCUGCAGAGAACCUCAUCAAAGAUGCCAGAAACUCUAAAACACUGCUCCCGAACCUCUACCACCUGGGGUCAGCUGCCAGAGAGGAGGUGAACAGCUCGGCAGUCGGACCCAUCCAGGAGAAACUGGAGUCUAUGGCUGGGGAGGUGACUAACGUCAUGGACCAACAACUACAGACUCUGUUGGAGUCGAUGAUGGAUGCAGCAGAGUCUCUUUGUCCCCAUGUGAUGAAGAGGAGUAGUCUUCGUCCAGAGCUAAUGAAGGCCAGCUCCGCUAAGAUGGUCGUACCCAAAAGCUUUGUGACCAAAACCCUCCUGGAGCAGUCGGGGGUGGACAUCGUCAACAAGAUCAGUGAGGUGAAGCUGAGUCUCGCAUCUUUCCUGUCGGAUCGCAUUGUUGACGAGAUUCUGGAAGCUCUCUCCACCUCACAACUCACUCUGGCUGACCACCUGGUGCGGCGAGGUCGCCCCUUAGUGCAGCAGGGGUCUGUGGAUCUGGACGUCCCGGAGGAAAAGAUUCCUAAACGAGCAUCGACCGAGCUUGUAGAGGCUGAUAGGCUGGAGGAUCUCGAGACAUGCAUGAUUUUGUGCUGCACCAGUAUGACUCCUAAAUCCAAGAGGAAGAGUAUCCACAGCAGAAUGCUUCGGCCAGUGUCUCGUGCCUUUGAGAUGGAGUUUGACCUGGACAAGGCGCUGGAAGACGUCCCUAUCCAUGUGGAAGAUGCUUCAACGUCAUCUCAAACUCCAACGACUCCAUCUCAGGUCCUGCCCAAACUGGAGCACCGAACCGCAGCGGGCAUAGUGGAGCUGCCAUCUGAGGAGGAGAAAAAGCUGCAGCACUUCACCAAACUGCGACCGCGACGGAACAAGAAAAAGCAUUCCAGCAAAAUACCUCAAAUCAACAGUGCGCCAUCUCAGGAUGGGGAGCAGAACGGCCUCAUGGGAAGGGUGGACGAGGGUGUGGACGAGUUCUUCUCUACAAAAGUCACCAGGAUGGACUCUAAACGUUCCAAGAGUUCAGAUUCUCACGAUGGAGAGAAGAAGAAGAGUAAAGGAGGAUUCCUUAACCUCAUCAAACGUUCCUCCAAAUCCGAAAAAGCUGAUAAAUCAGACAAAUCGGAUAAGUCGGAAAAAAAUCAGGCAACUCCCCCAGGUUCGGGUAAAUCCGAGAAAAACCAGGCGACCAAUCCAGCUUCGGGUACAUCCUCCUCAGCCACUGUAGCCUCAACGCCGGCUUCCAUCCCUGAGGAGCCUUCUUCACCAAAGGGGGCAGUAAAGAGCCCCGCCCAUGAGCCAAGGUCCAGAGACGCCUCCAGCCGCUCCCAGCCAACAGACUACAGCAGCAGCUCCGACCGCUCGGAUGAGCUGAGGACGCCAGACUCCAUGGACGAGCCCUGGGAGUGUUCGGACGGCAGGGGCAGCCCUCAAGGAGGCAGGCGGUACCAAGGGAUGCAAAUGAUGGGCAGCGGCCUCCUCGCAGAGAUGAAGGCCAAGCAGGAGAGGAGAGCACACAAGUCUUCCAGCCCCGACAGACCUGAAAGCAAUGCAACAGCCAAGCCCCAGCCCAUCAUUUUAGAAGGCCGGUCUCCCAGUGGCUCAAUUAAUAAAUCGGACCCUCCGACUGGUUCUCCAGAGAAAAGCCCUCCUCGUGGUGAGACAAAGCCCGACCGGGCCCCUCGUCUCAGGGCUACUUCCUCCUCGAGUUCUUCUGGGGGGCCAGUGAGUCCCAAACCUCCGGUGCCACAGGGAACAAAGCCUGCCCUGGCUGCCCGACCCACCAUCCUCCAGAAGCCAAGGACCAGCAGCACCAGCAAGAGCUUAGAUGAGAGCUCAGAUUCCCCAAACAUUGUUGGCGUAUCUCCUAAGGUCCCAGUGCUUCCUCUCACGCUGAAGAGGACGGCGUCAGAUAAAGACAAAGAGGGCCAGUCAGGAGGCUCUAUGAACAAAACCACUCAGGAUGUGAGGCCGGGGUUUGUGUCGGACUCUGUUCAGCGACCCAGCCGUCUCCGUGCCAACUCUGAGGAUCACGGCUCCUUCAAGUCCAAGGACCAAUCCCAGAACCCAGACAAGGACAAGGCAGCAGGCAAAAAGUCCUCAGACUCUGGGGAGGAAGCAGACAAAGACUUUAUUUUAAUAUGAGGAAGACAAAUUCACAGCAAAAAAACCUGUUGACAAGUCUCACAUGUUUUGAUUUAGCAAAGCAACUGAAGGAGGACUAUAAUCAUGAAUUGAUGUGUUUUCAUUGAUAAUAGCGCUUGUACCUGUAGGUUCUGUCUCGCCGCAAAAUACAAAUCAUCUUUGCAGGAAGAGCUGCUGUAGUAUCCUGCAAUACACCCUUUCAAAUUCAAGUUUGGUUGUCUAUGAUAAUAUAAAACUAAUGAUAUUAACACUGAGUAAUAUCCUUAGUCAUAUUUUUAGUCGCAACUUGUCACCUAGUAGACCAAACUGUGCUAAGUCUCCUCAGAGCUUCCUUCUCACAGACAGCCUUGUCUCCUCUUUUCAUUCCUACUCUCUGAUGUCCUGUCUCUCAAAGAAUAACCUCAUCAGGAUUUGAGGAAACGGUUCGUGAGGUGAUCAAGCAUCUUCAGCCAAUAAAUACUGAAUCUCGAAUGCAAUUUGUAAAACACAAAGAAAAAAGAGAUGCGAGACAGAGAGAGAGACUGUGAAACUAUGUGUACAUCAAAAGAAUCUCUUUCUCCCAGGGACCAAACGCAUGUAACAAUAACAUCAGGACCACUGCACUGUACUUGAACCCAAACAUACAACCAGACCAGGAACCAAUGACAUUCCUUUCCUUCAAUAUAUUUGUAUAGAUUUUUCUAUAUGCUAUUUUCAGUAUGUGCAAGUUACUCUUCUCCGGACUUCAGAGGUGACUGAAUCCAUUAUGCAAUUCAUCUUCUUUUUUUCCAGGAAAAUACAGGUUCAGCUGAGAAUCUCAGCCCACCAUAAAUCAGAAAUACACCUUUGAUGUAGCUCACUUCGAGGAGACUACAUCAGACAUCCUGAACGCUUGUUUGUCUCUGUGUGGGAGAGUUGGAGUAACCGUAUGAAGUGGUGCUUUGAGAGGACGGCGGUACGCUGUAACUAUCACUGAUAACCAAUCAAUGAGGCUUCCACACUGUUAACUAACACUGUUCUCUGUGUUUAGACACUGUGAAGAAAUAAUAAUGUACUGUAUCUGAUACCUUUAAACUGCAGAAGUCUUUUCUGCUGGUUAUGGGGGAAAGAAGUAUGUGUCAUUAAAGAGCAAUACAGAGACCCACCGUAAACAUAAAUAAAUAACAGCUUUAUGUUUCGCUGGAACUUGUCAAAACAAAUGAGAAUAGCCAUCAUUACCAAACUCUGAAUUGCUCUGAAAACAGACUCUUCCUCACUUCUGCCAACACUCAUUCAUAUUUACCUGGUGUGCCGAUGAUCCAUUGAAAGCAAAGAACUACUCAGAGAGAGCGAUGUUAUAAUGUUUAGAUAAUCUGCUUGAAGGUAACAUGGAAAACACUGACGUAUGUGUUUAAUUUCAGAAGCUAUUUUGACAAAAAAACUUUUCCUUAUCAUCUUUGUGUGAAAGCGGGACAUUGAGUCUUCAAACACUUCAGACUUGACUUUAAGGGGUUUCAAAUUCGAUUCACUUUCAAUGUAUUGUGUGCAAAGACAAGUUCUGAACCUCAAACUAUAAAGAGUUGGAAUUUGUUAAAAAAUGAUUGAGAAAACAGUGGCUGAAGGGAAAGUACCCAGAGGGACCUGACCUCUCAGGCCGAUUCCUCUCACUGGUCUUUUAACGGCUAAAUAUUGGCCCUUGUCACACUGCAACAGUCAGCAUACAGAUUCUUAAAAUCAUGUUUCAAAUCAUUCAUGUCAUCAUUCAUUGGUUAUGGUGAACUAAUACCUCUAUCGACAGAUUCUACCUUGAGCGUUGGAUGGUUUUACGUUGAAUUAUACUCAUGCAGUUUUACUAAUAUUGGAUGAAGAGGUUGGCACAGACAUUCGGCCUUUGCAUUAAAUGAUGCUGCAUUCAUCUCAUAUUGGGGUUACUAUAAUUACCAGUUAACUUCUAAAUACCAACAGAAGUUUUUCUUUAGAACAAACAAGCAUGGACGCCUCACGUCAUUCAAGUCAAAUAACCCAAAUUGGAUGCACAUAGAUAUUGUCGAUGCACAUUGUUUAAACCCUUAUCCAAUCUACUUUGCAGUCAUGACAGAAAAGCUUGUUGCAUGACAUAAACAUGCUAAUCAGUCCUAUUUCUGUUCAUCUUCUGAUGUGAACGCAACGUCCAACCCCUAUAAAUACCUGAAUGUGACAUCCAACUAAAGCGCCACUAUAUCAAUGACAUGCGUCAUUAUAUCUAGUUGUGGGCCAAACCGUGCUCCAACAUUAGUAUUACAUGUACACCAGUACACUCUGUAUGCCCAGUGUGAAAAGGGCACAACUGAUAUUGUGUUACUGUGCAAGAGUCUUAUUGUAGUCAGAGCCAAAAGUCUUACUGGUGCACCUUUUCCUACGACGUCUAUGGAUGUCUUUUUGCAGGAUUAUGAUGAGAUUUUGCUUCUUUGUCGCUAAUCACCGCUCUAAAAUAACACUGUUCCUUCUGUAUGUACUUCAUCUAAUGUCUGAUGUCAACAACUGCUUUGAUUUACAAAGUCCCAAAACAGAAACAUUACUUCAAGUUUGAAAGUUGUUUCAGGACUCUGAACACAAAAACCACUCCUUGCUCUGCAAUAUUAAUUUCUUUAAGAAAUCAUAGACACACACCCUUCUCUCUGUUUUUUGUUUUCUGUUUGGGAUUUCAGAAGCAGCUGGCUGUGUUUCUGUCAAGUUGUGUGAAAGACUGAUGAACAAUUAGAAUCCACUUCAAUUCUGUUGGUGCACAGAGUGGAGGAAGUGAAGAUAACCAGUAGCAUUGAGUCGUGACUCCUUAGUCUCCAUGUGUGUGACUGCAUGAUGUGGCUGUGAGUUGUGCUGUAUGUAGAUAUGUGCUUUCAUACAUGUGUGUGUAGAUAUGUGUGUACUAUACGCACAUGUAAUAUACACACUGUGACACAUUCACACGCCUAUGUGAACACAGCAAAACCCAAAUUGUUUUGGUACUAAGUACACUACUAUACUAGGGGUUUGUUUGUAACUUAUUUGGAAUAAAAAACAGUGGCCGGUGA